UUAAUAUCAAAAAAUCAAUAAUUGAAAUAAUAUAAAUAUUGUUACAUACAUAUCGAUGAUAAUUACGCGAUAAAUUGUUAUUUAAAUAACAAUAAAUAAUUCUUCAUUUGACACACGUAUUUGUAAUGUUAACAUAUGGAUAAAUAACGUUAUUGAUAUUACUAAAUAUGUAUCUAUAACAAUCGCGUGAGAAAAUAAAAUAAAAAACAAUGGCAUCACUUGAAGAUAGUUGGAAAGAAGCAACCGAAGCUUUGGACAACGAUGCUUGUGAAUUGUGGUUCAAUAAAUUAAAAGAUGCUUAUUCAGAAGAGAAAAGAACUUAUCAUAACAUAGAAAUGCUUUGCGAAAAGUUGAAUCAAUAUCAUGAAAUAAAGGAUAAUUUGAAGAAUCCACAAGCAUUGCUUCUUGCUCUAUUUUUUCAAAAUUUUGAAUAUGAUCCCAAAGUCAUAGAUGAAGAGAUUAAAAAUUUAGAACAUUUCAAUGCUUUUGCUGACGAAGUUGGUAUUAGUGAGGAUUCAGAAUUAAGAGAAGAAACAUGUGCUUUACUUAAAGUUGUUGCUACGCAUAGUACAGAAGCUCAUAAAGUUGGAGGUGCAUUUGGUAGUGAAGAUGCUCAUUACUUUCUAGAUUUAGAUAUGGCAGUUUUAGGUUCUUUACCUGAAACUUAUGCUGAAUAUAGAGGAAAAAUUCGUGGAGAGUAUGCUUUUCUAAGUGAACCAAUGUAUACAGCAUUACGAUUAAAGGUUUUACAGAAUUUUGUACAAAUUCCUAAUAUUUUUGCGACUAAAGAAUUUCGAGAAAAAUUCGAAGAACAAGCACGUGAAAAUAUACAAGCUGAAAUAGAAUUGUUAUCAUAAACUUCCAAUGGAAAUCUGAAAGACAAAGAAAUAUGUUGAGUAUGCAAAAAGUUCAAUGUUGUGAACGUUUUAUCAUUCGGAUAUAUUUUCUAUCUGUAACCAUUUAAAAAGAUGGAAAAAUAUCAUGGAUACAAAUGUAGAGAUUUAAUUUUGAUUAAUAUUAAAAUACCGUAUCUGUAAAUAGUGCUUCUCACGUGAUAUUAUAUCGCAAAACA